UCACUAAUCAAUGUCAUGUAUUGUAUAUUUUGCAGGGUUGUAGAACGAGCCAACCCAUUUUUUGUUCUACAGCGAAGGAAAGGCUAUGGAGGUGGUGGAAUCACUGGAUUAUUGGUUGGAACUCUGGACACUGUGUUAGACAAUAAGACUCCACCCUACAGAAUUCUUCACCAAACAACAAAUUCAGAAGUCAGCUACACUGUGGCUAUAGCUAACAAUAAGAAAGAGAUUCACAGAGACUGGGAAUGGUUAGAGCAACAUAUGUUAGUUACCUUAGGUGCAUUUGAAAAUGAAGAAGAUGCCACAGAGUUUGUCAAAUGUAAAGUGGAAAGCAUUCUUGCCAACAGAGACAACUCCAAAGAUGUUGAUGAUGAAACGGAGAGAUUUAAAGCUGCCACUCGGAAGUUCCAUAAACUUUUCAACAUGCCCAAGGAAGAAAAACUGGUCAAUUACUAUUCCUGUAGUUACUGGAAAGGCAAAGUUCCACGGCAGGGAUGGAUGUACUUGAGCAUCAAUCAUAUUUCUUUCUACUCCUACCUGAUGGGAAAGGAAGCCAAGUUGAUUAUUCGGUGGACAGAUGUCACGAAACUUGACCGUGGCAACAAUAUGGUUUUCCCUGACAGUGUCAAGGUAUCAACAAGGGAAGGAGAUCACUACUUCUCAAUGUUGCUACACAGUUCCGAAACCUUCAGGCUGAUGGAGCAGCUAACUAAUAUGGCAAUGAAACAGUUAAUGUCUGAAGUGGGGUUUGAAGAGGACAAAAUGUUGACACACAGAACAAAGAAAAGAGCUUCCAGGAAAAUAUCACUGCUGAAAAGAGAUUUAGAUGCCAAGGCUCGCAGUGAAGCUUUUCGGGCUGCCUUCCACCUACCAGCCCAUGAGAAACUGGAUGGAGACACAGAUUGCAUGCUGUGGACUCCUUAUAACAAGCAACAUGUCAGUGGCAGACUCUAUCUCUCACUUAAUUAUAUCUGCUUUGCCAGUAGGAUCCGUGAUCAAGUAUCUGUGAUAAUCCCUAAUCGGGAAAUCCUUGUAGUAGAGAAGAUUGAUAGUUCACCAUCUGGCAAUGUCAUUACCAAUGCUAUAUUAAUAACAACUAAAGGCAAGGUGAGUAGACUGACACAGCAGCAGUUUAACUUAUAAAGCUCUUAUUUCAUU